ACCCUCGACACCAAGCUGUCCAGCCAAACACUCUCCCUGUCCCACUCCCACACAAUCCAGCCUGCAGGAGUUGCCUCCUUGUUAAGGAAUGGACAUAUGCCUCCCAUCAGUGACCUUGGCACCCCGGAAAGCCCAGUUACCAAGCUGUUGGCCCUUGGAGGAGAACACGAAAAUGCGCUAUCUAGCAGCAUUUUGGAUAUAUAUAGCAGUGACCAUGGAAUAGCACCAGCUAAUAUGGAUCUCACAAAUGCUUCUUGUCCAGCUACUCUACCUGUAAAAAGGGAACUCACAGAAGCAGAUACACGAGCAAUGGCAAAGGAGAGACAAAAAAAGGAUAACCACAAUCUCAUUGAGAGAAGAAGAAGGUAUAAUAUUAAUUACCGAAUCAAGGAGCUUGGCACACUCAUCCCCAAAUCUAACGAUCCUGAUAUGCGCUGGAACAAAGGAACUAUUUUAAAAGCAUCAGUGGAGUACAUCAAGUGGCUACAAAAAGAACAACAGAGAGCCAGAGAAUUAGAACACAGACAGAAGAAAUUAGAGCACGCUAACAGAAGACUUCUACUUCGGAUUCAGGAACUAGAGAUACAGGCUCGUGCGCAUGGUCUUCCUGUCAUGUCUUCUCUCAGUGCUGUAGAUGUGGCUGCCCAGGUCAUCAAGCAGCGGUCUUACCCGGAGGAAAACUCUGUGGACUACUCUCAACAAAUGUCUUUGGCACAUGGACAAAAUUCUGAUGUUUGUGAUGGAUCAACAGCCUUUUCUGAUCCACUUUCACACUUUACAGAUUUGUCCUUCAGUGCAGCUUUAAAAGAAGAACAACGGCUAGAGGAAAUUUUACUGGAUGACACAGUAUCACCAUUUGGAACUGAUCCUCUCUUGUCUUCCGCGUCACCAGCUGCAUCAAAAGAGAGCAGCAGGAGGAGCAGCUUUAGUACAGAUGAUGGAGAUGAUUUAUAAAAGCAAAAGUACCCUCAUGAUUCUUUAACCACUUCCAAAAAGACAGCUUGAUAUAAGCGUGA